ACAUACUGCAUCGUCAUCUAAUCAGUUUCUUCCUUCUUACCUUGCUCUCUUGUUCUCUCUUCUUGCAGUAUUAUUUGUUUCUUAAGGCAAUAUGGCUUUGUCUACUUCUGCUAUUGGAUUUGAAGGCUACGAAAAGAGGCUCGAGAUUUCCUUUUUUGAGCCUGGUGUGUUUGCUUACUCCAAUUGGACGGACUUCUGUUCUUCAUCCAAAUCACAAUUGAAUGAGAUUCUGGAACCUGCUCAAUGCACAGUUGUUUCUUCACUGUCUAGUGAUUAUGUCGAUUCAUCUGUCCUUUCAGAAUCAAGCAUCUUUGUGUAUCCUUAUAAGAUUAGUAUCAAGACUUGUGGGACUACAAAAUUGCUUCUUUCAAUCCCUGUCAUCCUUAAGUUGGCUAGUAACCUUUCACUCUUUGUAUGGUCUGUUUGUUACACUCGCGGGAGCUUCAUAUUUCCUGGGGCUUAGCCAUUUCCCCAUCGCAGUUUCUCUGAGGAAGUAGUGAUCCUUGAUGGCUUCUUUGGCAACCUUGGUUCUGGCAGCACAGCAUGUGUGAUGGGAAGUCCUGUUAAUUCAAAGAAAUGGUAUAUUUAUUCAGCUUCUGCGGAAAACAGGAGUAAAUCUGAUGCUGUUUACACUCUGGAAAUGUGUAUGACUGGACUGGACAAAAAGAGGGCAUCUGUCUUCUAUAAAACACAUGCAAGUUCGGCAAAUGUGAUGACUGAAGAUUCUGGUAUCAGGAAGAUUCUUCUGCAGUCUGAGAUAUGUGCUUUUGAGUUUGAUGCUUGUGGUUACUCCAUGAAUUCAGUUGAAAGGGGUGCAAUUUCAACGAUUCAUGUUACACAAGAAGAUGGUUUCAGUUAUGCUAGUUUUGAGGCAGCAGGUUAUGAUUUUAAAAUGGUGAAUUUGGCUCAACUGGUUGAGAGGGUUUUGGCUUGCUUCAAGCCAACUGAGUUCUCUAUAGCAUUACAUGCUGACAAUGUUUGGGAUGAACUUGAAUAUAGGAUCCCACUUGACUUGAAUGGAUACUUCUGCAAAGAAAGAAGCUUUGCAAUGCUUGGCAAUGAUGGUUUUGUCACUUUCCACCCCUUUGUUAGGGCCGCUGAAGUCUCUGUUUCUCCCAAGUCCAUCCUGAAAUACUGCUGGAGUGACGAUGAGAAAGAGGAGAAAAUCCUACAGCAUGGGUAUGUUCCAUGCCUACUCAGUGCUCUUUAGGUUUGAACCCCAACAUCGCUGGGUUGAAUGAUACGACUCUGAACCAUGGAGAAAAAUGGAGCUUUCCUGUACUGCCGAAGUGGUCACUAGAGGAUAAGGGGCAAAAGGUACCCGUUUGCCCCUUAACUUUUUGACUUUUAGGGUUUUUACCCUCCAUAUUACAAUAUAUGGAUUUUUACCCUCAACGUUUUCGAGUUGAGGAAAUGAGGCAAAAUUUAAUGCCGGAACGUCACGUGUAGCAUGUGCACCGUUGGCUUCCGUCAAGUAUACGCAUGUCAGUGCCAACUCAGAAUUUUUUGACAACCUGGCAUGCCAACUUGGAACCCCACGAGAAGGAAGUCUACUUGCUGCCAAUUUUUUCGUGGGCCCCAUUGCUGACUAAAGGUUUUUAAAAAAA